UCGGAACGCAGUCUAUGUCAUUUUGCGUGCGAUUGCAAUGCUCAUAUCAAAUUAAAGAGAUUGAAAUUUGAAAAAAAUUGAAAGUUCAUUAAAUUUGAGAUCUUAUGUUUGACACACAGUCCAUUCAAUUUUAGUGCUAGGAUAACCACGCAAAAAAUCAACUGUUUGACAGACGUUCGAAAGAGUCGAUCGGUCACCCCUUCUUGUGAUAGUUCGGGUGAGGAGUUCGGGCAAGGGCAGGCGAGGGCGUUCACAAAAAGGAGAGUGCAAAUCAGUGGCGUCAAUCACUGCUCGAACUUUCGAGCUCUCGAUCAUACGGUGGUGAAGGAGGUAGUGGUAGUAGUGAGCUUAACGGUUGGUGGUAUGUGUGCAUCAAAAUUAUGAAAAUUCGUUCGCGCGCCGAUUCGACAAGUCGCUGAAUCCACCUAAUCGUCGUCGCGGGCAAUGAGCAGAGUUCACGGCGCGUUCACAAUCAUUACGCACGUCUGAAAAUUCAUCAGGAAUAAUGUUGAACAGUAUAACAAAACAUAUUUUGCACUGCUGCUUAUUGCUUGUGGUCAUAUUAAUAUUUGAAUUUGUAUCUGGUGGGCUUCGAUGGAACACAGAUAAGAAAGAAGAAAUCGAUCCAUGGACAAGAUAUGGUGUUAUUGGUGCAAUUACUUUGUACCUAUUACGUACAGUGACGUUUCUUUCCUUGCCUCAAGUUCUCUUCAAUUUUAUAGGAUUAACGAUAUAUAAUGCAUUCCCUGAUAAAGUAGUAUUGAAAGGUUCCCCCUUGCUUGCGCCAUUUAUUUGUAUAAGGAUAGUAACUCGUGGGGAUUAUCCACAAUUAGUAAAAACAAAUGUGAAGAGAAACUUAAAUAAAUGCAUAGAGGCUGGUUUGGAGAACUUCCAAAUAGAGGUAGUGAGCGACAAGCCAAUAGGUUUAACUCCGCAUCGCAGAGUGCGAGAGGUAGUUGUCCCUCCAAAUUAUCGCACAAGUAGUGGUGCCUUAUUUAAGGCUCGUGCUUUACAAUACUGCCUUGAGAGCUCAGUUAAUGAAUUGGCUGACCAUGACUGGAUCGUCCAUCUUGAUGAAGAGACUCUGAUGACUGAGAAUUCCGUUCGUGGCAUAUUGAACUUUAUACUGGAUGGCAAACAUCAGUUUGGUCAGGGAUUAAUAACUUAUGCUAAUGAAGAUGUUGUUAACUGGAUUACGACCUUGGCUGAUAGUUUCAGAGUAGCAGAUGAUAUGGGGAAACUAAGGUUACAAUUCACCAUGUUUCAUAAACCAUUUUUUAGUAUGAAAGGAUCUUACGUUGUUACACAGGUAAUUAUUGAUAUCUAA